AUGCCAAGAGAGAUGAUAGAGAAUGCGAUAAGAUGCGGGAAGAUUGAAACAAGGGAAAAUGCCAAGAAAUUAGCGCCGAGAAGGAAAGAAAACGAGGUGAACAACACGAGUGUAUACAAUAAGAGUUAUAACAAGCCAGUCACCGUGAGCCAACCGAGGAUGGUGACUACCAGCCAUCAGGGCUCCACAAGACAAGAUUCCAACUCAAGGCCUAACACGGAAAGAGUCCAGUUUACGCCUAUCUCGAUGUCCUACAAGGAAUUGUAUCAGAGCUUAUUUGAUGCCCAUGUGGUGUCACCUUUCUACUUGAAGCCUUUACAACCCUCAUUCCCAAAAUGGUACGACACAAACACCCAAUGUGAGUACCAUGCGGGGAUAACGGGGCACUCGAUUGAGAACUGUACCGCAUUCAAAAAGUUAGUGAAAAAACUCAUCGAAAUAGGUAUCAUAAAGUUUGGUGACUCACCAGGUCCCAAUGUAGCAGGAAAUCUGUUACCCGACCAUGCUAAUAAAGGGGUAAACACGAUAGUCGAGAGUGGGAGAAAAAGAAUCAAGAUAGAUGUAUCAGAGGUAAAAACCCUUUUUAAAUGGGUUUGGGAGAAGAUGGUAGAAGGAGGUUUAGUCACACGACAUCCAAGGGAAAUGCCCAGAGAAGCAAGAAGAUACUGCGAGCUUCUUGCCGAUGAAGGCUAUGACAUCCAAGAGUGUAAUAAGUUUAGGUCCAUAGUGCUAGAUCUGAUGGACAAUAAGGAGAUGGAAUUUUAUGAAGAAAUCAGAAGAUUAGAGGAAGGAGAGGUUUACGCUACAGAAGAGGGAACAACAGAAAGGGUCCAAAGAGUUAAUCAUCCUGUAGUGAUCAUUUCGCGACCCAAGAAAAAUGAAGCAGGAGUACAACUGGCACCGAGAUUCAUAAUCCAGAAGCCGAUAUCUUUCCCAUACAAGGAUAGCAAAAAGGUUCCUUGGAAUUACGACUGCAACGUGACAAUUCCCGGGGGGAAAGCCCGUGGGAGAUGUUAUGACCCUGUGAGUACAAAAAAUGAAACCGUUAAAAAAAAGUCCCCAAUGGUUGAGCAAAGGAAGGAGAAGACGCUACGCAAGCAACCGGCUCGCAUCUCAGUGCUAGCCUUACUUUUGAGCUCGGAAACAUAUCGGAACGCGUUAAUGAAAGUACUGAAUGAGACUUAUGUCGCGAAUGACAUCUCAGUUAACAAACUGGAUCGUCUGGUUAACAACAUCAGUGCAGAUAAUUUUAUUUUCUUUAACGAUGAUGAAAUACCACUGGGAGGUAUGGGGUCUACGAAGGCUCUGCACAUUACCACACAUUGUAAGGGAUACACAUUGCCAGGGGUAUUAAUUGACAAUGGGUCUGCUCUAAACGUCUUACCUCUAUCCACAUUAAAUAGGUUUACUGUGGAUAGUUCCCAUAUGAAAGCAUGCCAAAAUGUAGUGAGGACGUUCGAUGGUACCGAAAGGAAAGUAAUGAAAAGGAUCGGAAUACCCCUUCUAAUCGACCCUAGCACGUACGAGGUAGAUUUCUUUGUAAUGGACAUCAAGCCCUCUUACAAUUACUUAUUGGAAAGGCCCUGGAUUCACUCAGCGGGGGCAGUACUGUCAUCGUUACAUCAAAAGCUCAAAUUUAUAACGGAAGGUCGAUUGGUGACCAUAAAUGCGGAAGAAGAUAUCAUUGCAUCCGUUACCAGCAAUGCAUCGUAUUUGGGGACAGAUGAUGAAACCAUAGAAUAUUCUUUUCGGUUGUUAGAAUUUGUAAAUGCGACCUUUGUUGUCGAAGGAAAUAAGAUCCCGACGCCUAGAAUAUCCAAAACUACAAGAAUGGGCCUACGAUUGACGGUUGGAAAAGGAGCUUUACCGGGGAAAGGACUUGGAAGAAGCCUACAAGGGAAGGUCGAAUCACCUAUGCUCAUGGACAAAUGA